GGAAGAUGAUCGAAAGCACAUGGAAUGAAGCCCGAAGUCGAUUCUGGGCAUUGAAUGAAACUUUCCGUUGUCUCGGAGAUAAUCGGCCACUAAAACACCUUAUUACUCAAGGUAGUGAUAGACCGAUCAUCUCAUCAGAUAAGAUCAUCAAAAAAGAAGAAUAUCAGGCAUCUCCUUUUUACACGAAUUCUGUCGUUUCAGUUUCAAUUCAGCUCAAUCAAUUCAUUUGCAUCAAAUUAUCGGAACUCAGAGAGCUUUUAUUUCUUUCAAGACUAGCCACGACAACUUUUGUCUACAAUACGCGACUGCGUUUCACACUUGGAAGGAAGAGGACGCAGGAUAUUGGCAAUAACUUUAAACCACGAAGAUGGCUUCUGCAGACACCAGUGCUGCACCCAACAGUACCACCCUGCCCGGUGAGGUCUCUGGAAUCGUUCCAGAAGUGUCAUUGGAAAAGGACAAGACCGCCACCGCCACCACUGACGCUCAAAACAGUACGACUUUGCCGGGGGAGGUGUCUGGAGUUGUGCCUGAUGGGGGCGAGAAGGCAAAGGCCACGACCACGAAUGACGCAUCCAACGACAACGACAAUGUAGAACAGACUACGACCGAUGCACCCAACAACACCAGUCUUCCUGGUGAGGUAUCGGGAGUCGUACCUGAUACUGCAGCAGAGAAGAAAGAUGCCGCAACCCCGACUGUGAAGAAGGUGACACCUAUUCAGGAACUUUGGGCUCUGGCUCAAUCCAUUGGUCACCCCGAGGUCUGGGGAGUCACGCUGGCCGAUCCUGAAACUCACGUUCCGACGCAGGUGGUGCUACAAAAGUACCUCAACGCCAACGAUGGCGAUCUGACCAAAGCCAAGGAUCAACUCACCAAGACGUUGGAAUGGCGAGCCAAGAUGAAGCCUUUGGAAUUGAUGAAGAAGAAAUUCAACCGGGCCAAAUUCGAGGGAUUGGGCUAUGUGACCACUUUCGGCCCCGAAGGUGCAGAACCGGAAGCAAAAGAGAUCUUCACUUGGAACAUCUACGGGAGUGUCAAGAACAUUGAACAAACCUUUGGAAACCUGGAAGAGUUCCUCGAAUGGCGCGUGGUUCUGAUGGAAGAGGCCUUGCAAUCACUCAACAUCGGCAAAGCCAUCAAGCCCAUCACCUCGGAACACGACCCGUACAAGAUCGUGCAGGUCCACGACUACAAAUCCAUCAGUUUCUUGAGACAGUCGCCCGUGGUGAAGACGGCCAGUACCGAGACCAUCAAGGUUUUUGCGCAGAAUUAUCCGGAACUGUUGAAGGAGAAGUUCUUCGUCAAUGUGCCUGCGUUCAUGGGGUUCAUCUACGCCUUCAUGAAGUUGUUCGUCGCACAGAAGACGAUCAAAAAGUUCCACCCCAUGAGCAACGGGGCCAACCUGGCGAGAGAGUUGGCGACGAGCAGCAAGGUCAAGAAUCUGGCCGAUGAGUUGCCCAAAGAGUACGGCGGCAAGGGUCAGGACCUGAGUGUCUUUGGGAGACAGACUGCUUUGGAAGAUGCCGAAGCCAAGGCAUGAACAACAAAGUUCGAUAUGAGGAUUUCCAAGACCGGCAAUGUGCUUUCCUACGGAGAUUGCAAGAGAUGUGAAAAAAAGUGUUGGCCUCCUGACGAGUAGCACUUGGGACAGCAUUGAUAUUCCUGGGGUAAUGAGGAAGACGGGGCAAGGCAGGAAGUCUGGCUGGAUGUUUGUGAUUCUGGAUUGCAUUGCUUGAUUUAUUUGAUGGAUGGCGUGCGUAGAUAGAUACCCUUGUUGCCUGCGCUAUUGCAUGCCUUUUCUACGCUCUCCUUUAUGUGCGUUUAGGUCAAAUCCAUGAUUCUCUCUCUA